AUGUCUCCAUCAGAUUCCGUUGUCAGAUCCUGUGGAAAGAAGCCAAAAGUAGCUCUUGUGCCACCAGAGUCGGUUUCUCCUCACGCUUUAUGUUCCUGUUCCUCCUGCAGCUCGUGGCUGCCCCAGAGGGGCCCGCUCCGAGGGAGUCACUGGCAGAGCUCUGUGCUGACCCUCAGGACAUCCCUCCCCGUGAGAGCACAACCAAAGAAGAAGAAGAAAGUGGAUGUGAAGAGAGAGCAAGCACAGAAGGAUCGUAUGAAAAAGAAGCUUAAGAAGUUGGAAAAAGCUGCCCCAGAACUGAUUCCCAUUGAAGAUUUUAUAACCCCACUCAAGUACUCAGACAGCAACAGGGUGCGAAGCCUUCCCCCUCUGUCUCCUGAAGAGACUGAAAGAAGAGUUUUACUUCUGAAGAAGUGGUGUUUGUUUAAGCAGAAGCAAGAUGAGGCAGAAAAGAAAGGAAUUCAGCGCCUUGUGGAAUCUCAGCAAGAGGCACUAAAGGAACUGCGCCUGGAAUCCGAGGAGCUGUACCAGGCAGCCAUCCGCCGGGAUGAGGGGCUGUUCCCCUUCCAGAGGGACGGACCCACCUACACCCCCCCCCUUCCUGGCUAUGACCCCCCCGAGGGAAAGUGCGUUGAUAUCACCAAGGUGUACACACAGUGAGGGAGGAGGGCGUGGGGCACCCGCCAGGAGCUGCUCAGCAACUGAAGGAAGGACUGAAGGGAGAAAGAGCACACAAUUCUUCCUGCAGGUUACAACGCUGCAGGUGUGACUGUAAAUAAAACAUUAGUGAAGUA